GCCCGCCCACCGCGCGCCACUCCACACCGGGAGCAGCGCGUGAGGAUGAUGCCAGCCAGAGAUAGAUGGAUUGGCGAGGGAGGAAAAAAACCUGCACAGUGACACAACUAGAGUAAAGAGGAGGCGGUUGUUGAGUGAGAGUAAAACUGAGAGAGUUACGGAACAAAGGACAAAUAAAGAGGAACAGGAAAUAGCCGGAGACCCGCUGCUGGCUGGUUCCCAUCUGCCCGCACCGAUGUCCGAGGCCCGCCCGGUGCCAGCUGAACACAGUCGACCGAGGCAGAGCACACAGGAACGGCCACUGGAGUGGAAAGCUUCGGGGAGCGGACACCGCUGGAGCUCUUCUCUGUGACUGAGACUCUAUGCAAGGACAUUGCAGCUCGUUGUUAUUACUAUUCAAGUGGAAGUGGCUGUGUCCUGUGAUAGGUCGGUGACCUGUUUUGCUGUCCAGUGAUGGAUUCCCCCACAGAUCUUUUCGAUGAAUCUGCUCCCCAGAUACACCCUUUUGCUCCCACUCACGGCUCUACAGAUCUCCCUGGAGUUCAUCCUCAGCCCAGUGCAGGUCGCCCUCCUCCUGCCUUUAGACCCCCUGGCUUCCCCCUCAUUCACCACCUCCUCCAGCCGGGUGGAGCUCCCAGGAGGAUUGGUGGCCAACUCAACUCAAACCUGAGCUCACACAGACAUGGACUGGAAGACAGAAAUUUGGAGGAGGACAGAGCAGAGAGGGAUAGGCAGGUGGAGCAAGGGAUGGAAGGGGAGGAAGGAGCGACGGAGGGGGAGGACAGCUUGUUGGGGGUUAAGAAGAGACACAGUGACGCCACUCUUGCGGCCGAGUGGAGUCAAGACGUCCUGAAGGUGAAGAGGAUGAAGCUGGAGAGCCGACCAAGAGAUGGAGAGGCAGAGGAGGGAGGCAGGAGGCGCGAAGGAGGGAGGGAGGGUAAGAGAAGAGAGAGGGAGGAGCUUAAAGAACAGCUGGAGGAGGCAAGAGAGAGACUGCAGGCCCUGCAGGAGAAAGUAUGGAGGGCCUUUGGGGAAAAGCACAUGGCAGAGGAGGAGAAGAAAAGGAGGCACAGCAGUAGAGGAGGAGGAGAUGGAGGAGAAAAAGAUAUGGGGAUGAUGGAGGAGGUGGACAUUACAGAAGGGAUGUACGAUGAAGAGGACAUUGAGGGUGGAGAGAUGGAAAAGGAGACUUUCUCCCUUCUUUCUGUUUCCCCUUUUGACAACUUCCACAAACGGAGAGAAGAGAGGCAAAAAGACAGAGAAGGGAGGAUGGAGAGAGGAAGAGAAGGAGGCUUGCACCUGGAGGGCGUGAUGGAGGGAGCGGGGUUGUGGUUGGAUUGUGGGGGACUAGUAAGGGGAGAUUGGCACGGAGGAAUAGAAGACGAGGGCGAGGAAGGAGGGCAGAAGUUUGCCCAGGCGCUGAAGCUGGAGUUGGGCAGCGCCGUGGCACGAGUCAUUGAUCGAGUUCUCCGCCUCUACACCGAGAUGACAGAUUUCGCUCCUUCCUCUCCUCCUGCCGCCAUCUCUUUCCUCCCGUCUGACGCAGGAAACGACGGUGGGAGGGAGAGGGCAGUGUGGAUGGGACUGUUGAGAAGAGGGGAGGAGAAAACGAGAGGUAAGGAGGAAAAGACGGGAGGGCAGGAUGGAGAAAGAGAGAAGCAGCUCCAAAAAAUGAGCAACGGGAGUGCCGUGCCUCCUGGUCAGCCUCACCGCACUGAAGCAUCAGAUCUGGCCAUGCCAUUGGCUGUUCAAAGGUCACCUGACAUACGAAAAGCCCACCCGCUCCUCGGCCCACCUCUCUCUGCUCACCUGAAUCCCUCUCUCUCCCUUCAUCACCCUUCUCUACCUCGCCCUCCUCCUCUUUCUCAUCCUCCCCUCUUGCCUCCAGCCUCCCAACCCAAGGACCCCUCCUCCUCCUUCCACCCGUCCUCAUCCUCCUCCUCUUCUUCCUUCCCCGGCGCCCCCUUCUCCCCUCCUCUCUCUCCGUCCGUCCCACCUUCUCCACUCUCCAUGCAGCAGCUCUUCUUCACCUCCUGGCACCAACCUAAGCUCACGUCCGCACGUCCCGCUAAGGACUAUUUGAGCUGGCGACCCUUUUCUUGGAGUUCUCAGUCUCCACCCCCCGUCUUCACCCUCUUUCCCCAACCGAUCUUGCUCGGCCACCUGGACCCUCGUUGCCGCGCCACCGCGUAACGAGCGCAAGACGAGCAGGGAGAGCGAACGGGAUGGGGGAACCGGAGGGAGUGAACGGAAGGUGGAGGGAUGGACGCGCGGGGCGCGAGACUUCUACUGACAGGAGGAACCCAGGAGGGCUUGUCUCCCUGCCAUCUGAAGAAAGCCAAGCUCAUGUUCUUCUACGCACGCUAUCCCAGCUCCAAUACACUGAAGACUUACUUCCCUGAUGUCAAGUUUAACCGCUGUGUGACCUCCCAGAUGAUUAAAUGGUUCAGUAACUUCAGAGAGUUCUUCUACAUCCAGAUGGAGCGCUUUGCACGACAGGCUGUCCGCGAGGCCCUCACCCGGGAAGGUGCACCACGUCUGGGCAGAGAGAGUCAGCUGCGAGUGGGCCGAGACACAGAGCUUUACCGCAUACUGAACAUGCACUACAAUAAAAGUAACGUCUAUCAGGUCCCAGAGAGGUUUAUCGAGGUGUCCGAGGUGGCUCUGAGGGAGUUUUACUCAGCCAUUUGGACUGGGAGAGACAGCGACCCCUGCUGGAAGAAAGGGAUCUAUAAGAUUAUCUGUAAGCUUGACAGUCCUGUACCAGAUGCUUUCAGACUGCCUGGCUGUCCUGUCGGCUGAUGAUCAAAACACCUUCAUCUGGUACAUGUAUACUGCAUGCAUAAAUCACAAACUUACAGGAAGUAGGGAAUUUUUUAAAAGUGUAAAACUGUUCCACAUAACAAUGCCACACUGUGAGGUCUGGUAUGAGGAAAUCCAUUUAAUUCUGCAGUUCGGUUUCAUUCAUUAUUCAUUCAUUUUAGGGAAAAAAAGGAUUUUUCUAGACACGAUGUGCAGGGAAACACACAUACAUGCUUACAUGGACAGAGACACAUAGGGGUCAGUAGUAGACUGACACACUCAGUGCUGCGAUAAGAGUCUUGUGACUGCACUUAUCGAGGAACGUGACCAUAACAUUGAAUUACAAUGGACAGAGCAGGAAUUCCCUUUCCAAACAUUCCUCACCAGUCAGUUGACUUGUGAAAUCACAGUGCUGCUGCACAGCUUUGAUAACACAUGUCAUGAAAAUAAGAGUUGCUGCAGCCAGAAGCUGGAAUUGACUGAAAUAUGCAGAUUUGCUGUGUGUGGUGUGUUACCAUGAGAUGGCUACUGUUUCACAUUGUGUUAUUAAAAUGUGUGAGCAUCGUGCCCUGGCUACACAUUCACAUAAGAAUAUUAUAUGCAUUCCCUGGCAGCCCCUUGUAAAUUAUUGCAGUGCACAAAAAGAUAGCAUUCUUUGCAUGCCCUCAGUAAUCAAAUGUACUGCUGGCAGCUGUUUACCAAGCAUGGACACUGCACAAAUAUUCCACAAUUUUUUCCACAACCUGAGUACAUACCAAAUUUCUUCAGAUUAGGUGCCCUCAUUGUCUCUUUCACUGUGAGCAGAGAGCAGCGCUCCCACUCUGAGAAUUCCAGCUUCCUGAUAAACAAAAAGCAGUCAUUUUGCUGUGUAAUCAUUAGCAGUCUUGCACAAACAGCACCCUGCUAUCACACCCAAACAUUUCACUGCUGCUCUCCCUCAGGGGUGUUCCCAGUUUUACAUUAGGGACUUGUCACAACAUCAAAUAUGAUUGUUGUUUGCUAGAAAUGACCUGUUACUGUUGCCUUGUGCGUGGGCUUCUCUGAAGUACCUUUUUUGUUCAGCGCGCCCCACAGCUUUUUACAUUUUAGAUACUGAUUUUUUUUGUCCCUCCAUGGCUGUGAGGAUGCUUUCCUCGAUACAACGUUGUCAUUUUCCUAUCCACUGGAGAAAUCAGGCUUGAAAUUCCUCUUGAAUUCUUGAAAUAAAACACAAGGACCAAACAUAAUUCAUGUUACAUAAUAUAUUACAACCGUUUGGUCAACUGUGAGAUUUAAAAAAAUUAAGUUUCCCUUGUUUUAGAGAACUCGGUUUCAGUCAGUGGAUUUAUUUUCUUUUUAUAGCCAUCUUUUUGCUUAUGUAUAUGAUGGCACAAUGUAAUCAAACUGUAAUUAAAAUUCUGCCAAGAGGGACAAUAUAUAGAAUUUAAAAUAGUAAAAAAUUAAUGUUUUGUUGUUUUCUUGAUGUACUCCUAUUGUUGAAAUAUUCACUUCUGUUUUUGUAUUCCUUUAAUGUGAUGCUAAACUAAAUAGGCCGGUUGCACAAUUAGUAUAUCUUGACAUUUGUUCCUCAAAGUUAUAGCGGAAACUUUGACUCUAUCUACUGUAUAUCAUGACUCUUUUAUUUAGAAGGAGCUUGGGUUUCUGUUUAUAAAAUGUUGGUUGGCUGCUUCAGAUAAAGCCCUCCUGUGGCUCUGCGAGACCGAGCCCAUAUGUAAACUUUUUGUGACGUGUUUUCAAGUGCAUGUUUCCUAUCUUUGCAUUACAUUUUGUAUUGUAAUCUCUUAUGUUUCUCUCAUUGCUUUUAUUGCUCUCUCUUUUAUAUUGUAAAUAAUGUGCCUCAUUCGAACUUUGGUGAAUUUUGAUGUUUAAACUUAUCAGUGAAUUAAAGUAAUACCAGGC